AUGAUCACCACGCGCCUCCUCGCGCCCCUCGCCCUCGCCCUCCCGGCCAUCGUGUCAGGGCUGAGCGGCCGGACGUUUACAAGCUGGGACUGCGGCCUCGUCGAAGUCUGCAACGUAGACAACAACCCCAUCGCCGACUCCCGCCGCAUAGCCUCAGGCUGCGACAACGGCGCCGCCUACAUGUGCGACAGCUACCUCCCCAUCCCCGUCUCCGAGGACUUUAGCUACGGAUUCGCCGUCGCCCCCGGCUACAACUGCUGCAAGUGCUACGAGCUCUUUUGGCUCAACGGCUACGCCGCCGGCAAGCGCAUGGUCGUCCAGGUCGUCAACUGGAUGCCCGACGAGGAAGAGGGCACCGACGCGGGCAGGCCCGGCGACUUCGCCAUCCUCACCCCGGAGGUGGCACCGGUCCGCACGAGACGGGGUGUAUUCGGCAGUAUGGAUCUACGUGUGUCCUAUGAGUCGUGGCGCUCACACGUGUCUGUGUUUGUGUGUUAUAGGGGCGAGGACUACGGCGGCGUCUCCAGCAUGUCCGACUGCGAGCAACUCCCGGAGAACCUCCAAGGUGGCUGCUACUGGAGGUGGAACUGGGCCGGAGGCGAGAUCACGGGCUGGGAUGUUGAAUACAAGGAGGUGGAAUGCCCUGCUCGCCUCACGGCUGUCUCCUCCUGCACCCCUCCCGCGUUCUAA